UAUAAAACAGAGCCCCACCCUCAACCGAAAGGGUGCAACGGCUCUUCUGACCGCUAGGUGGCAAUCUCAAGGCUCACCCCUAAGCGCCCGGACGAGACGCACGCGCACUGCUCCUCCGCUUCGCUGUUGGAGCUACGCCUGCGCGGGCGGCGGGGCACGCGCCGUUUUCCCGUUGCGCACUGCGCUCGUGUACGCGCCCUCGCGUGCACGCCCCGCGUCUCGUCGUCCCGUUAUUCCCGGGUCUCCGCGAGCGGCAGUGCUGACCCCGCGGUCCGACAUGUCCCAGCUGCCCGCAGUCAGCAGCGCCCAGCAGACGGGCGCAGCGAGCGGCGACCGUGGGCUCCCGCAGGCCGAGGUAGGCGGCGGGCGGCGUGCGCUCCCGGGCCCGGCGCGACCGGAGGAGAUCCGGGGAGGCCCGAUGGCAGCGGCCCGGGAAGGCCCCGCAGCCCCGGGAGUGGCGGCCAGGGGAUGCCGGGUGGCUGCAGCUCGAGAAGGCCGGGCGGCGGAGGCCCGGGGAGCCCCCGCGGCGGCGGCCCGCGAAGGCCCGAUGGCGCCGGCGUCCAGGGAAGCCCGGAUGGCGGAGGUGGCCCGGCUGCUGGGCGAGCCGCUGGAGGAGGAGGCGCCUGAGGGCAGGCCCCGGUCCAGGGCGGGCGGUUUGGCGGCGAUGCCGUACCUGCGCCUCCGCCACCCCCUCAGCGUCUUAGGCAUCAAUUACCAGCAGUUCCUGCGCCACUACCUGGAGAACUACCCGAUCGCCCCGGGCCGGAUCCAGGAGCUGGAGGAGCGCCGGCGGCGCUUCGUGGAGGCCUGCAGAGCCCGGGAGGCAGCCUUCGACAUAGAGUACCUGCGCAACCCUCAGAGGGUGGAUUUUGACAUUUUAACGUUUACCAUAGCCCUGACUGCGUCGGAGGUGAUCAAUCCUCUCAUAGAAGAACUGGGUUGCGAUAAGUUCAUCCAUAGAGAGUGAGGAGGCAGGCGAGGGUGGGCACGGCAUCAAGAAGGCCUCGGCAUCCAAGACAAACCCCAUCCUACAACUUGGUUUUCGGAAGUCAAAAGGAUCUUAAGAAUAGUCAGCGUGCAUCGUUGGAGGGAGGAAAAAGGCGUCAGAAAUUUGGGGUGGGGGUGGGGGGGAAUGUCCAAAGCAUCUUUAGACUCCUGUGACGUUUCUUGAGUUAGGAAAAACAUCCAUCCAUGUGGCUUCGGUAAUGAGCAAAGGAUGGUUUUGUAAAAUUUUGAGACUGAAAGAAAAUUGCCAGUAAAAGAGCCCACGAUGAAGAAAGAGAGAGUUUAAACUGGUUUCAGGACCAAGUUUAUGUCAAGUACUUGACCUUUGUUAGCACUCCUCUCAUGUCCGAGGCAAUGAGACUGAAGAGUUAAGACUCACUUUGUGUUUCUGAGACAUUGGGAAUGGCAAGCAACAUAAAUAUUGUAUAUAGUAUGUGAUAAGUAGUGUUUUCAGACAUAUCAAAUUUCUGGAAUUUGGAUUCCAUUUUCCAAAAGUUUUUCUUUUUCUUGUUUUUUUUUUUGUAAGUCAUCUAUUCAUAAGCACCAAGAAUAUGAAGACUGAAGUCUUUUGUCCUUCCCUUCUUGUCCCCAUACCUAAUGCUGCCCCCAACGUCAGUUUCCUUCCUACUUUUAUUAUAUAUACACAUAUAUUUUUUUUAUUUCGUCACAAAGUUGACGUAUUUUGGUUUACAUGUUGUGAUUUUAUUGAGGAAAUAUCUUGAAGAACCUUCCCAGCCAGUAUAUUUACUCCUUAAAGCUGUGUUUGCAUUCUGUGGCUAUGCUGUGAUCAACCAGAAGGAUGCUGGACGCUUGGGCCGUUUCCCAUCCUCUUCCCCUCUGCCGGGCAUCUCCAGUGUUUAUCACCCGGUGCUGCUUUGGUUCUGAACUCAUUUCUCAUGUUUACCUUCUCAAGUUGGAAUACGUCUUAUACUUGAUGGUGAUAGAGACCACAUUUUUCUUAUUUUUCCUUUAAAUCUCCAUAAAAUCGAUGGUUCAUCUCACUAGCUUCUUAGGCUUUUUGCUCUUGGUAAUGUCUAUACUCUGAUUUCUAGAAGUGACUGUCCUGGGCCAAAAGGUUGCCUUUGUAACUUUACAGAUACAACUGAUUGAUCUCUGUACACUCCCACCAGUGGUUGGUAAAUGGAUAUUUUCUGAUUGUCUCACCAAUGUGUUCAACUGUCAGACAUUUAGUGAUUACCAGCCUGGAAAAGGGUGUAUCAGUUUCAAGGAUUUAACGUAAGCUAUAUUUUCAUUUAAGAAUCAAAAGGGGGCUUUCUUGGUGAUAGCACACUCGCCUAGAAUAACCUAAUGAUAGCACACUAACCCCACUGAGGGGCUGGGGACAUGGCUCAGUGGUAGAGCCCCUGCCUAGAAUCCCCCAGUGAGGGGCUGGGGUGUGGCUCAGUGGUAGAGCCCCUGCCUAGAAUCCCCCAGUAAGGGGCUGGGGUGUG